AUGUCGACGCGCCGACGCGCGCGCGCCUCGCCGACGCGCGAGAAAACGACGACCGAGGAAGAUGCCGACGCGUGUCGGUUUUGUUUCGAAAGCGCGCGGGAAGACGACCCGUUGAUCGCGCCGUGCGCGUGCAGAGGAGGACAAGAGUACAUACACGCGAAGUGCUUGCUUCGAUGGCAGCGCAUGGUGGUGGUGCAAGCGCCGACGCAUCCGGCGUUUUGGAACGAGGACACGCGGAGCAACGUGUGCAACGUGUGCAAGGAGGCGUUUACGACGCCGCCGCCGACGCGAAUGACGCUGAUGAGCUCGUUCACGGGAGCGGAGAUCGCGGCGAUGUGCGCCGUCGGGCACUUGUUGGUGUCGCACGCCGCGUUUAGCGCCAAACUUCGAGAGAAAUUGCAAGACAUGAACCCGGCGAUGCGGCGGAUUUGCUCGUACGAGUACUGGAUCGAAGGGACGUACUUGAUCACGGAGACGCGCGCGUCGUCGGACGAAGCGGGGGAGUCGAGCGAAGGAGACGUAGGCGAUGACACAAUCGUGGCGGUGAACUUGAACGGGCGAUGCGACGUGAGUGAGUUCAUCCAGGGCGAAAGUCAGUUGUUUGAGAUUGUCGGCGCCGGCGGACAAUCUCGCGUGCGCUUGCGCCAAGAAUUUGAAGAAGGAAACGAUGACGAUGACGACAAUGAUGACGACAAUGAUGGCGAUAAUGAUGACGACAAUGAUGACGAUAAUGAUGACGACGAACGAAAUACGGCAGACGUGGAUGACGCAGACGUGACGAACGAGGACGCCGACGAGGACGAUUUGCCCCGAGACGAAAUCGCCGACGACGCAGAGCAAACACCGGAACUUGUCAUCGAAGUUCCCGAAGACGUUGCUGACGAUCGAGAGGCGUUUAUCGAGCACCUACAACAGCUAUUAUCACCGUCCAUUUUUGAGGUGUAUCAGCGAUUUCGCAGGCGGCGAGUCAUCGAGGACGCCUACGACGAAGUCGCCAGGGAAUGGCGAGUCACGCGCCAGGACGUCGAGAACGCGGUUGAGAUAGAGCCGUUCGAUGGUGGACCGUGCGAUCACGACGAAGUCGCGUUGUGCAUUGUCGUCGGUACGGACACGUCGUGCGGCUACACGAAAGUCGAGGGAAGUUUGGCGGGCGCCAUCAGCGUAGCGUUUAGAAAUUCUCGCGCGUACGCCGACUCGACCGACGGUUUGCGAGCGGGUGCCGUCGUGACAUGCGCCGCAACCGCCGACGUGCGCGAGGCCGUUGGCGUUCUGUGCGGGUUUUCGGAAGAAUCGAACACGUGGAACGUCGCUUCGCCUUUCGGCGUGCUGAAACGAACUCGAGAGGAGUUCGAGGUUCUUCGAAGCCCGACGCGCGCCAAAGUGCUCUGCUUCUUCGGCACCGCGCAAUGGAACCGAUCGCAACUUUUGGGUGAAAUCGCGAGAGGACACUGGGGGUUGACGAAAUCAGAGCCCGUCGACGUGGCGCGCGCAGAAACUGCGUAUCGCCGCGCGAUGGAUUCUGGAUCGCUCGUGUUUGCGCCGUUGACUGAAAUGACGGAGGAGUUUAUGCGCGACGAACUCGCAGAGAUGUCGCGCAUUCGAUCGAGCGGUCAGCUCGACCGCGCGGGGUCAUCCGCGUCCCACUGAU